CGUUGACCCAUCCAGAUGAGACAUCACGUCGUCGCCGCCGCCGCUGUCUCGUCCACGAGCGUUCGGUCCAGCUUAACUCCACUCCGCUCGCCGCUCCACCAACCACGUGCAUCUUCCCGGCAGGCCACCUUCCCUGCCGCUUGCAUGGAGAAGAAGCCCGCAUCCUCAGUGGCCGCCGCAGCGGCGUCGCCGGCAUCAUCUGUGCACAGGCUUGAGAAAAUGAGCCAUGACCAUGAAGCAAUCCCCAAAAGGCUUGCCGUGGUCACUGGUGGAAACAGAGGGAUUGGCCUAGAGGUGUGCCGCCAGCUUGCUCUCGAAGGUGUGACAGUCAUUCUCACCGCAAGGGAUGAGAAACAAGGAGAAGGUGCAGUCGAGUACCUUCGCCGUGAAUCUAACCUCUCCAACAUUAUUUUCCACCAGCUCGAUAUACUAGACAGUAGUAGCCGUGCCUCACUAGCGCGGCAUAUCGAGAGCACAUAUGGGAAGCUUGACAUUUUGGUGAACAAUGCUGGUGUUGGAGGGGUGGCAGUGGACCAGGAUGGCCUCAGAGCUCUUAACAUUGAUCCUAAGAUGUGGUUAUCGGGCGAAGCAGGCCAUCUGAUCCAGUCCGUGAUUGUACAAACCUAUGAUGAGGCAGUAAAAUGCCUCAACACCAACUACUAUGGGCUGAAAUGGACAACAGAAGCUCUCCUUCCUCUACUGAAGCGAUCCACAUCGGGAGCAAGGAUCAUCAACACCUCAUCCCUUCGCUCGGAGCUGCAGAGAAUGCCAAACGAGGUGCUGCGGGAGUCCCUGCGCGACGCCGACAGCUGGGACGAGGCGCGGAUCGAAGCCAUGCUGAGCGAGUUCCUGGAGGACAUGAAGAAUGAGCGGCUGGAGGAGGCUGGGUGGCCGCUGAUGCUUCCAGCCUACAGCAUGUCCAAGAUGGUGGUGAACCUCUACACGAGGAUCCUGGCGAGGCGGCACCCGGAGAUGCGUGUCAACUGUGUGCACCCUGGGUUCGUCAAGACAGAGAUCAACUGGAACACAGGGGUCAUCCCACCGGAGGAAGGCGCCAGGGGCGCCGUCAUGCUGGCGCUGGUGCCUGAGGAUGGCCCCACGGGUUGCUACUUUGAUCAGACGAAGAUGGGGGUCGCUUGGUGAUUCAGGAUCGCGCGACCGGUGCCAUUACGGUUAGAUUUGUUCUCCACGACCACGCUGUGCAACAAGAUUUUUCAUUUUUGUACACCUCGUUUUGUUAUUGCUGAACGGUAGUGCGCUCAGCUUGGGCAAACGGGAAAAAGCCACGAUGACAUACGCAGCAGUAAUAAGAGGUCGUUUGGAAUUCUUUA